AUGUCCGAGCCUUCUCCCCAGCUGAAGGGUCUCAAGAAAGUUCUCUCCAACAGGCGACGCUCGUCGGAACUCGUGGGCGACGAGAUCAUCAAAGAUUUACGCACCGAAUCCAUUGACUCGGUCACCUUGGACAAAUCCCCUACGAGACAAAGUGCGCGCUCUAUCAGUCAAGAUGGGAGCAGCAAAUCUGGCAGCAGUGGAGUGCGCAAACUGCUGCCGGGUCAUAGUAAGCGGCAGAGGAGGAAGCUGCGCGAAUUGGAACUGAAGGCUGCUGUUGAAGAUCUGGCAAGAGGAAGAACUGGUACCGGGUUGAGUGUCGCAUCUGUCCCAGCGCCAUUGAGCAGGAGAGGCAGCAGCCAGGGUGGUGAUGGUGAUACCAGUCUCCUCACAGACGACUCGGAGGUCGAAACACCUCCCCUGGUCACCCGAGAUUCUCACACUGGCUUUGCAUCCAUGUCCUCGCCCUUGAUAUCUACGACUACCACCCGUAGUGAUGGUGAAUUCCUACAGAGCCCCUCCAAAGAGCCAUCAAUGAGCACCAUCCCGACCCUCAUUGAGCCGACAGAGAAUGAAAAUUCUCCCUCACCCAAGAGUGCGCCUCUGUCCGACUCUGCUCCAGCCUUACCCUCUUCCGCUGGGUUGAUUGACCGAGCAGACUCGCUAAAACCAGAAUCUCGCCGCGAUAGUAUAGGGAAGCUCCGAGGCAAAUCACCUGGAAGAAGGUUUAGAGAUGUCUUUGGCAAGCCUAGCAAAAGUUCGAAAAUCAGCCCCGAGCGGAGGGAAACCGAGCCAGUCGCUGGAGUCGCUAGCUACGAAAGCCUCCCGACUGGAUCGAAAGCACAUGAAGAGCAAAACUCUCCCGAACAGACGACAGCGGUUCCCCCCGUGUCAACUAUCCCCCAAACCAGUUCAAUGCCAAACCUCGAUACGCUUCGGCCUUUAACACCUCCUGCUGCCCUCAUAGGCACUCCGCUUACCACCGUUACUCCUCCUACACCUACCGACACUCGUUUUGAACCAUCAACUGGGUCUCCGAAUGCUGAGAAGCCAGACCCCAAGACUACAUCAGAAGGCUCGAAUAUUGUCGUAAGUCCUUCUGGGAACAUGAUAUCACACCGGCGGAUCCGUUCUGCCUCUUCUGUCACACAUCAGCCCAGCAAGCUCUCCACUUCGUUCACUGCCCCGCUGACGCCUACCUCGGAGGAGAAGAGAACGCCGUCUGGAGGUAUAUUCUCCUCUUGGGUCUCCGCGGCACAGAAUGCCGCAUCGACCAUCACGAACCUGACGGGACAGGGCCGAAACCGGGCUGGUACUAAUGCGUCAGACGCCACUAACAAGCAGAAACCCGUCGAGGAAUCCAUUAAAGAAGAAGAGGAAGAAGUCCCUGAACCAGAAGUCCCGCGCAAGCAGUUGGCAGUAGAGACACUGGGCUCGGGAGACUUGAACUUUGAAGACCUGGGUCUGAAUACUGAGGAUAAGAACGCGUCCUCCUCCAAGGCCGAUGCGGUUGAGUUCAAGAGAGACGCCACUGCAGAGAAGGAGGAGGUUGCUGCUAAAGUGGAAGACGCCCUUGCAAAACGGGCCGUUUCGGCUGCCUAUGAAAAGCCGUCGAAUACCACAACUCCUGUGGCUGAAAUACCCGAUCCCGUGGGGAGUAGCAUGAGACACGCACAGGCAAUUGCGGCGGCAAACAGCGGGGAAAGGACGCCUCCCAACGGCAGUAUUUUCGAAGGCGAAUUGGGUUCGGUCAAACGCACGGGGAGUGUUCGCAGUCGAAUUGGAAAGCGAAGAUCCCGAGGGUCAUCCACAGCUACUGGCCAGUCUGCAAUUGGCGCUAUGAUAGGGGCGAGCACUGCGACGCUGGCAAAUCCAGCCAAGGGGCCCCGAUUAACGGGAUUCACAAUGGCUCCAAAGCAACGAAAUCGAAACUUCCAUCAACAGUUCCGGAGUGUUCCCGAAGACGACUAUUUAAUCGAAGACUACAGUUGUGCUCUGCAAAAAGAGAUCCUGCUUGCUGGGAGGGUCUACAUUUCUGAAGGCCACAUAUGCUUUUUCAGCAAUAUCCUUGGCUGGGUGACGACGGUGGUGAUUUCUUUCGAGGAGGUUGUUAGUAUAGAGCGGGAGAACACGGCAGUCGUGUUUCCAAACGCCAUCGCCAUUCAGACAUUACAUGCUCGUCACACCUUUCGAAGCUUAAUAUAUCGGGAGCAGACUUAUGAUCUGCUGAUCGGGAUUUGGCGCGUCAGUCACCCGGCAAGUUUCCAAAAGAGCAUGAACGGGAAGCAAUUAGCUGCCGAAGAGGCCAGUGCCGCCACUGUGGCGGAAAAUGAAGCAAGUGCUCAGCCCAGUGACGGUAGCUCCACCGAAGAAUCGAACUCAGAAAGAGAUGAUGACAGUGCUCCCAGUCUUCUAGAGAGCAGUGCGAGCAACGCCGGCAGUGAGCUUGUGGACGGCAAGACCGUGUCUAGAAAACCGUCCGGCAUGAACGCAAGUGCUGUUGCGCAAACGGCUAGCAUCCUGGCCGGAACAGCAAGCAAUGUUCCACAACCACUUGCUGCCCAAGCUGGAUUUCCAGAGGCAGCAAAUGACUUCCCCGGACCAGCGAGUCAUGCGCCAACGGAAUGCUCGGACAGUACUACACAUUACGACAAGAUCAUGAAGGACGAAGUCAUUCCUGCUCCUCUAGGCAAGAUAUAUUCUCUGCUGUACGGGGCCGAGUCGGGAUUCUUUGUGCGUAAAUUCUUGGCCGAUGAAUGCAGAUGUACAGAAAUUACUUUCGAAGACGACAAGAAGGGGUUGAACCACGACGUCAAAAGCAGGCAGUAUUCGUAUAUCAAGCCGCUGGGGGGAAGCAUUGGCCCCAAACAGACCAAGUGCAUCACGACCGAGAGUUUGGAUUUCUUCGACCUCGAAAAAUCGGUGAGCAUCACCUGUACUACGCAAACUCCCGAUGUCCCUAGUGGCAAUGCAUUCAGCACCAAAACUCGGUACUGUCUCUCAUGGGCACCUGGCAACGCGACGAGACUGCAGAUGAAUUGCACGGUCGAAUGGACGGCCAAGUCCUGGCUGAAAGGGCCUAUUGAAAAGGGUGCAAACGAAGGUCAGCAGCAGUACGGUGAUAGUCUGGUCAAGAUCCUCAAGGGUGCGGUUAGCGGCCGUCCUAGGGGGACGACGAAUGCUAGCAAAGGCUCGAAAUUGACCAAGAAGAAACGGAAAGGUGAGAAGAAAACCAAGGAAGAAAAAAUCGAAGAGGAGAAGAAACAAGGAGUGAAUUGGGGAAUUUUCGAACCCUUGCGCCCAUUAUCUCCCGUUGUAGACAUGUUAAGACCCGUCGUCAAAAUGGAGGUCGUGGUUGCAAUUCUCCUCAUCAUGGUCAUGUGGAUGUGGAUACGUGGCCCGGCGGGAACCACUCAGCUCAGCCUGUAUAAGUCGCAGUCGGAGCGGCUGGCGGUAUAUGACUCUCUGUGGUCGCGAGAGGAGAAUGAGUUUUGGGACUGGCUUGAGUCUCGCGCCAAUAUUGACACUGUUUCGCUGCGCGAGACGUCUCCAAGAAAUUUCGGACGGCCAGACAAGAACGAAAACAGCGAUACUGCGAAGCAGAGGCUGACGCAGAGGCAGAGGCGAAAGCGGAGUACGUCCUCGGCGAGACAAGACGUGGAAGCCAGGAUUAAAGAAGAAAAGAUCAACCAAAGAGAGAUGGAGGACGCGAUUAAAAUCACGAAGGAGAGGUUGGAAAUUCUCGAAAAGGUGAUGGAGAAGAAAAAGUAUCAACAACGAUAG